UAGUUCAUCACAUGAACCAUACUGGGUACUGGCUAAUAAUCAUUGAAUGAAUGAAAUCUCAACCAGAGCCUUGGAAAGGCCGGAAAAUGACAAAGGCAAAAUGCUUCGUCAAAUCGUUUUUUUCCUUUCGUGAGUUCGUUCUGGGCCAUGUGAUAUGAGCUAGCCAGAAUUAUCACCAUUGUCGCAGCAAUAAUUGCUCUUCUUUCUAAGUUAAGUAAUCGUGGAAACGGAAGUGAAAACACAAGCGGAUUUGUUUUGGACGUCUGGAACUCAGUUGCAGGUUAAUUCAACAUCACCAGUAGGGUUACCCGUAUUCGUAUGUCAUAGUGAUUGUGGCACGGAAACUGGAAAUCUCACCAACAGAUAGGAGUUACAGAAAUGUAUCGGCCUGUGGCUACUUCAGCCACACCCCGGGGUGGAUUGCCUACUGACAGCGGGGACUCUGUUGUGACUUUGGAUCAAAUUCCACGAUGGAGUGAUGCUGAGCACAAGUCUUCAUUGGAGCAUGAAAUAGGAGAUAAAUCUUUUCCUAGCUUAUACUUUCCUGAUCCUUUAACAACACCGUCAGGAACGGAGGGUGGUGGCACUGAGUCAGUGUCAAAAUUUCCUGUUGACCAUGAAAUCAAUUCAAAGAUAUAUUUGUGGAGAGGGAAUCCCUGGAAUCUAGAAGUGGAUGCUGUGGUAAAUUCAACAAACGAGAACUUGGAUGAAGCUCACAGCAGUCCAGGGUUGUUUGAUGCAGCUGGACCUGGUCUUACAGAAGAAUGUGCAACGCUGGGUGGAUGUCGAACAGGGAUGGCUAAAAUUACCGGUGCAUAUGACCUUCCUGCAAGGAGAAUCAUUCAUACUGUUGGUCCAAAGUAUGCUGUGAAGUACCACACUGCUGCAGAGAAUGCUUUAAGUCAUUGCUAUCGCUCUUGUCUGGAGCUUCUAAUUGAAAGUGGGCUUCAGAGCAUUGCUAUGGGUUGUAUUUAUACUGAGGCAAAAAAUUAUCCCCGUGAACCAGCUGCGCAUGUAGCUAUAAGAACUGUGAGGCGGUUUCUUGAGAAGCAGAAACACAACAUAAUUGCUGUUGUCUUUUGCACUACCAGCACAACUGAUACAGAAAUAUAUAAAAGGUUGCUUCCACUUUACUUUCCUCGGGACAAACAUGAGGAGGUGGUGGCCUUCUCAAAGCUUCCUGCAGAUGUGGGGGAUGAGAAUGGUGAGACUGUCAUAGAUGAGCGUAAAAUCAGAAUAAAGCCUUUGCCUAAAAAGAACGUGUCGAAGCCUAUGGAAGCUCCAGCUGAUCUUCCUGUCAGCGAUGUUGGCUUGGCCCGCAGGACUUCAAGUUCAUCAUACUUAGAUUCAUUUCUGGAUCCUGCCUUUAUGUCCUUAAUUAAAGAUCCUGAUCAGAGACGUCAAGAGCAGUGGGAGAGAACUGCUCGAGCACAAAGAGGGUGGAAUUGUGCCAGGAUGCUUGGAUUUGGUGACCUUGGUGGGCCUCCUUUGUCUGCUGCUGAAGAAUAUUCUCUUCACUCUAGAUACCUUUCUAAAGCAAAUUCUGCAAAUCUCUCUGAAAUUGCAGAGAUGAAAAUUGUAUACCGUGGUGGAGUAGACAGUGAAGGUCGUCCUGUAAUGGUUGUUGUUGGGGCACACUUUUUGCUAAGAUGUCUUGAUCUGGAGCGAUUUGUGAUGUAUGUGGUGAAGGAGUUUGAACCUAUAAUUCAGAAGCCGUAUACUAUUGUCUACUUCCACUCGGCUGCUUCUCUACAGGCGCAGCCAGAUAUGGGCUGGAUGAGGAGAUUACAACAAAUACUUGGUCGGAAGCACCAACGCAACCUGCAUGCAAUAUAUGUCCUCCACCCAACUUUUGGACUAAAAGCAGCAAUUUUUGGGCUUCAGUUGUUUGUGGACAGCGUGGUUUGGAAGAAAGUGGUAUAUGUUGAUCGGCUUCUUCAGCUCUUCAGAUAUGUACCUCGUGAGCAGUUGACCAUCCCAGAUUUUGUAUUCCAGCACGACUUAGAAGUGAAUGGAGGAAAGGGUGUUAUUGUGGACCCCAGAACAAGAUAUGUGUAUCGAAGACGAUGAUCUUGUCAUAUACACAGUUCUAGCAUAUCAGAUGAUGAAAGGAGUUUUUUUUUUUUUUCCUGUGCUUGCUUCUUUACCCGAUCUGUACCACUGGUGACUGAAAGAUGUUUUGUUUGGGCCUGAAAUGUUGUGUUCGUUGGUUUUCUAGUUUUUUUUUUUUUUCCUGUAAUUGAAAUAUUAUUUGAUUUUGUAAUAUUCUAGGUGAGUCCCAAAUAACAUCCGAUAUAUUUUUGUUUUCUUUUUUUGCUUAUAAAUGUUGAAGAUAGACGGUUGACUGAAUUGAUUACAUGUAAACUCAAGGCUGUAGAUUCAAAUAAAGUCAUGCUUCGAAGGUCUUCAUUUUUCUUUCA